AUGAAGGAAAAACAGGCAAAAGAAACACCAGAGAGGACAGGGAAAUUAACUGCGGUGCUGGCUUUGGCUACUCUCAUAUCAGCAUUUGGCUCAUCUUUCCAGUAUGGAUAUAACGUGGCUGUGAUCAACUCUCCUGCUCUGUACAUGAAAGCCUUCUACAACGACACAUACCUGGAGCGCUACAGCAGGCCAAUGGAAGAAAGCUUCCUCACGCUGCUAUGGUCCCUGUCUGUGUCCAUGUAUCCGUUUGGGGGAUUUUUCGGCUCUUUGAUGGUGGCUCCACUUGUCAACAAACUAGGGAGGAAGGGCACUCUACUGUUCAACAAUAUCUUCUCCAUUGUGCCUGCAGUCAUGAUGGGAGUCAGCGAAAUCUCAAAGUCCUAUGAAAUUAUAAUUGUGGCCAGAUUUAUAGUGGGCAUAUGUGCAGGGUUGUCCUCCAAUGUGGUUCCAAUGUAUCUGGGUGAAAUUUCCCCAAAAAACUUGAGAGGAGCCAUUGGUAUUGUGCCCCAACUCUUCAUAACCAUCGGUAUCCUCAGUGCUCAGGUCCUGGGGAUAAGAAACAUACUGGGAAAUGACACUGGUUGGACUCUGAUGCUGGGGCUCACUGCCAUCCCCGCUGUGAUCGAGCUCCUGCUGCUGCCCUUUUUCCCAGAGAGCCCCAGGUACAUGCUCAUACAGAGAGGCGACGAGAAGAUUGCAAAAAAGGGACUGCAGCGUCUCCGAGGCUGUGAGGACGUGGACGCGGAGCUGUCAGAGAUGCGGCUGGAAGACCAGUCUGAGCGCGCGGAGGGGCGUCUGUCUGUGCUCGCGCUGCUGUCGAAGCGCUCCCUCCGCUGGCAGCUCGUCUCCAUCGUGGUCAUGAACAUGGGCCAGCAGCUGUCCGGGGUCAAUGCGAUUUAUUACUAUGCAGACAGUAUCUAUGCCCAGGCGGGAGUCAAAUCCAAUGACAUUCAGUAUGUGACUGUAGGAACUGGUGCAGUCAAUGUCGUCAUGACCAUUGCUGCAGUUUUCAUUGUAGAAGCCACUGGACGUCGUCUCUUGCUGCUCAGUGGAUUUCUGAUCUGCUGUGCUGCUUCUGCCUUACUGACUGUGGCUCUCAAAUUCCAGGACAGCGUGGCGUGGAUGCCCUACAUCUCUAUCUCCUGUGUCAUCAUCUAUGUCAUCGGCCACGCCAUUGGUCCCAGUCCCAUCCCAUAUGUAGUCACCACAGAGAUGUUCCGUCAGUCGGCGCGGCCCGCUGCCUUCAUGGUGGCCGGCUCUGUGCACUGGCUUUCCAACUUCACUGUGGGGCUCGUCUUCCCUUUUCUGGAGAGGGGACUGGGCGCCUUCAGUUUCAUCAUCUUCUCCUGUAUCUGCUUGGUCACGCUGGUCUACAUCUGGGUGGUGGUUCCAGAGACCAAAAACCAAACGUUUUUAGAGAUUUCUCAGGUGUUUGCCAAGAGGAACAAAGUGCAGAUCAAACUGGGCGACAGUGACUUGCCUUUGACCAAAGUUGGAGACGUGGGGAGUGAUGGAGAGAAGGUCACAGCCUUUUGA